AGGCAGCACCAGGGGCUCUCCAGUCUCUCCUGCAAAGCCGCGGCUGGGAGGUCACUCCCGGAGAUCCCCGGCCAGCCCGUGGCCUGCCAGCGCAGGAUUUGCUCCGGGAUCUGGGGCGGGCACGGGGCGCUGCGGCUCGGGAGCCAGCCUCCCUCCCAUGCUGCCGGUGCCACGGCACAGCCCGCAGCAGCCUUUGCACAGGAGGAGCGCAGCUCGGUGAGUCCGGCUCGGCGCCUUUCAGGUCUCUCCAGCGCCAUGCCUCGGGCCACCAUCCUCAUCCUCAUCCUGGCCGGGCUCUGCGGCUCCUCCCUGGGCCAGUACAACGAGGAGGAGGACCUGGCGUGGCUCCAGUACUACCUGCGGCAGUCCCGCGUCUCCUCCUACAACUACGUGCCCUACUACGAGGAGGAGAGCCCCGCGUACGCCUACUCCUACCCCUCUGCCACCGACACGGAGCCCGAGCCCGAGCCCGAGCCGCAGCAAGCGGCGCCCUGGCGGUGUCCCCAAGAGUGUGACUGUCCCCCCAACUUCUCCUCGGCCAUGUACUGCGACACGCGCAACCUGCGGUACCUCCCGUUCGUGCCGUCGCGGAUGAAGUACGUUUAUUUCCAGAACAAUCUGAUCACCUCCAUCCAGGAGGGGGCCUUCGACAAUGCCACCGAGCUGGAGUGGCUGGCGCUGCACAACAACCAGAUCAGCAGCGAGAAGAUGGGGAAAAGGGUUUUUGGGAAGCUGCAGCGCCUGGAGAGGCUCUACAUGAACAACAACAACCUGACCAGGCUGCCCGGCCCGCUGCCGCGCUCACUGCGCGAGCUCCACCUCUCCUAUAACCAGAUCUCCAAGGUGCCUUCCAACGCUCUGGAGGGGCUGGAGAACCUCACGGCGCUGUACCUCAGCCACAACUUCAUCUUCGAGAUGGGCGCGUCCCUCAAGGGGCUCAAGUCGUUGAUCCUGGCCGACCUGAGCUACAACAACCUGAGGAAGGUCCCCGACGGGCUGCCGGCGUCGCUGGAGCAGCUCUACCUGGAGUACAACUACAUCAACGCCAUCCCCGACGAUUAUUUCCAGGUGUCCCCCAGGCUGCUGUACGUGAGGAUGUCCCACAACAGCCUGACCAACCAAGGGCUCUCCAGCAACACCUUCAACAGCAGCAGCAUCCUGGAGCUGGACCUCUCCUACAACCGGCUGCAGAAGAUCCCGCGGGUCAACACCAACCUGGAGAACCUCUACCUGCAGGGCAACCAGAUCAACGAGUUCUCCAUCAGCAGCUUCUGCUCCGUGGUGGAUGUCAUGAACUACUCGCGGCUGCAGGUGCUGCGCCUCGACGGCAACGCCAUCAAGCGCAACGCGGUGCCCCCGGACGCGCCGCUGUGCCUGCGCCGCGCCACCGUCAUCGAGAUCUGAGCCCCCCCAGGACUCUGUCCCCCGCCCCCGGGGGGACUCCCCUCCUUCCUGCUUUCCCAUCCCACUCGGCUGGGUGGUGGCGGCGUGCUCCCGGUUUUCCCGAAAUUCUCCAUUUUUUUUUUUUGCGCUCAGAUCUCGGCUCUGGGCCCGCCACAAAGCGCUGUCACCUCCUGUCCCGGGCUGGGGUGGGACACGGCAGGGGUGGGGCUCAUCCCGCCUUGGGCAUGGGGAAAUCAAAUCCCGACCCCAAAUCCGGGUCUGAACUCCCUGAAAGGAGAAUCCUUCCAAGGGGAUCAGACCUUUUUCCAUGGGGAAAUCCCAAUCCCGACCCCAAAUCCAGGUCUGAACCCCCUGAAGGAGCAUCCAUCCAGGGGGAUCAGACCCUUUUCCCAUGGGGAAAUCCCAAUCCCAAUCCCAAAUCUGGGUUUGAACCCCCUGAAGGAGCAUCCUUCGAGGGGGAUCAUACCCUUUUCCCAUGGGGAAAUCCCAUGGGGAUCAGACCCCUUUUCCAUGGGGAAAUCCCAGUCGCGAUCCCAAAUCCAAGUCUGAACCCCCUGGGAAGAGUAUCCUUCCAUGGGGAUCAGAAUCUCUUUCCAUGGGGAAAUCAAAUCCCGAUCCCAAAUCUGGGUCUGAACCCCCUGAAGGAGCAUCCAAGGGGUUGGGAGCUGCAGGAGUGAAGGGUUGAAGAUCUCCAGGCUGGAGGAUCCCUCAGUGGGGUGAGGAGGAACAAAUCCUUCUCUUCCCUUCCAUUUUUCCCCCUUUUCCAUCAACCUGCUCCAGAAUUAAUGAGAGAAACCCUAAAGGAGAGAAACCCACCCUGGGGUGAGAGGGAAACCCCCGAGGAACUGGGGCUCCCAAAUCUUCCUCCCGACCCCCUGGAGCCGGGCAGGACGGGGAAAAUCCUGGUGCUGUCCCCCCCCUGGAGCUGUCACCCCUGGAGCUGUCACCCCCAGCUGCCCCUCCCUGAGCUCAGGCCCCCGGGAUAUCCCAAUUAAAACCUCAAAACCAACCACAGAGCCACGCUGGAAUUCCCUAAAAAUCCCAAAUUCCCCAGCUCAGCCCCUCGGGUGGCUGAGUUUGAGGACGAAGGGGCAGCUGAGCUUUGGGGUCGCCAGUCCAGGUGGUCACCCCGGCCCUCCGCGUUGUUCCUGCAUGCAAAGUUCAUUUUUAAAAACCCAGAAAAAUCCCAUAAUUUCACCAGCAUGAACUGUAAACCCCAAAGCCGUCAAUAAAACCCUUCCAGUGCCUGCA